AUGCUCUCCGCUAGACCGGCAUGUCGGGCUUGCCAACUGGGCAGGAGUGUUGGGCGGACAUUUUCGACUACCCCAAGAGCGGACAAGGACAAGCUGGUUGUGCUCGGGAGUGGAUGGGCUGGCUACAAUGUAGCAAGGCAAGUCGACAAGUCCUUGUAUGAUGUGACCGUCGUCUCACCUCGGUCUCACUUCUCCUUCACACCUUUUCUAGCAAGUGCGGCGGUCGGCACCCUCGAAUUUAGAUGUACAACUGAGCCAAUAAGAGGAAUCAAGGAGGUCAAAUAUGCGCAAGGCUGGGCCAAUACUAUCGAUUUUGAUGCGAAAAAGGUCGAAGUUGAGCCAGCGGUGCCAGCUAUGCCUGAUUUCGACGCCGACCUGGCUAAUACCCCUCAUCCGCCUGUGGAGAAGGGGAUGUACAAGCUGGACUACGACAAGCUGGUCAUAGCCGUUGGAGCAUACUCUGCUUCAUUUGGUAUACCUGGUGUAGCAAAGCACGCGCAUUUCUUGAAGGAUGUGCAGGACUCGCGAGCUAUUCGAAUGCGUCUCUUAGAAAUACUAGAGCAAGCUUCUCUCCCCAGUAUCUCUCAAUCUCAACGCGAGAACCUCCUCCGGAUAGCCAUAGUAGGCGGUGGGCCCACCGGCGUCGAGUUCUCAGCCGAGCUACACGACUUUGUCGAGCAGGACGUGUACCGCCUAUACCCGCACUUGAAAGGCCUGGUCAAUAUUACGCUAUAUGAUGUCGCACCGCACAUCUUGCUGAGUUUCGAUGAGAGCCUUCGAGAUUACGCAGAACGCAAGUUCAAGCGGAAUGGUGUGGCUGUACGGGGAGGAAGUAAGGUUCUAGCGGUCGGAGAGGACUGGCUGGAACUAGAUGGGAUUGGCAGAGAAGCCUUCGGUUUACUGGUCUGGAGCACAGGGUUAUCCGCAAAUCCCUUCGUCGAGCGCCUCGAGGGUGUAUCGCACGAUGACAAGACCAAGUUGCUGGUCACGCCUCACCUCAAUCCCGUCAACCCAGCGGGUCAACCCAUCCCCUCCGUCUACGCGAUUGGCGACAAUGCGACCCCAGCUUCCGGCGAUCGACUGCCCGCUACCGCGCAAGUAGCGAGCCAGAUGGCCAAGUACAUCAGCAAGCGGCUUAACGGGAUUGCCACUGGCGAAGUCGAGGGUGAGGGCAAAGGAGAGGGCUUCGAGUGGAAGAAUAGGGGCAGUAUGGUGUUUGUAGGGGACUACCGAGCGGUAGUAGAUCGCUCGGCAUCCUCCGUGUCUGGGAUCCGCGCCAGGAUCUCGGGGCUGGUAGCGUGGGUAAUGUGGCGGUCGUACUACAUGACUCUUGCUAUGGGGUGGCGGAACAAGCUCCUGGUGCCGAUGUACUGGACCCUCGCUAUAUUUUUUGGUCGGGAUAUUACGCGUAAGUGCUGCUCAUAG